UGGCAGGUGUGUGGGAAAUUAGAAGACCCUGCCCUGCUCCGUGUGCUGGGGGGGACAAGAAGCUCUCACCUUCUCCUACCCCCUUAAGCCUCCUGAGUGCUCUGAGCGGGGUGGGAUUCUGCUACUCUGGCCCUCCCAGAGCUUCCAUUUCUUCAUCCUUCGUCUCACGUGACUAGUGGGAUUGUGGCUGGAGCAGCAGGUAAUGACUGGGGCCUUUUGGUGUUUCAGAUGCCGGUGACCUUCGAGGAGGUGGCUGUGUAUUUCACCCAGGGGCAGGGGGCUCUGCUGGACCCCACUCAGAGAGCUCUCUACAGGGACGUUAUGCAGGCGAACUACGAGAUGGUGGCCUCACUGGGAUUCCCCCUUCCCAAACCUGAGCUGAUUGUCCGACUGGAACAAGGGGAAGAGCCGUGGGUGCCUGAUCUCCAGGCCUGCAAGGAAAGAAGUGUUUCGAGAUGCACCCAUACAGCAGGUGCUGAGCGAGGGAGUGAGAAUGAGGAGGGGAAUCAUCAUGAGGAAGUUCCCGGGGAAGUGGAACCGCAGGGGACCUCUGUGGAAAGAGCUGAAGGGAAUUUUCCCCAGUGCUUGGAGCAGGCAGAAUCCUGGGGAAGUUGGCACAGGUCAGAGAGGCUUCUGGAAAACUCUCCGGGGAAGAUAGUGGAUGAAUCGAUUAAUGAUGGGGGAGGAGAGGAGGAUCCAGGAGUGCAGCAGACAAAUCCCAAGGAAGAGACACCUUGGCACUACCUUCAGUGUGGGAAAGAAUUCAUUGUGAGCUCACAGCUUGUGACACAUCAGACAGUCCAUACUGGAGAGAAACCCCUUCAAUGCUUGGACCAUGGGGAAAGCUUCAAUAAGCUCUCAGAUCUUAAUAACCAUGGGAGAAGUCACAGUGGAGAAAAACCCUCUCAAUCUGUUGAGUACGGGAAAGCUUUCAUUUCGAAGACACAAAUAAUUAGAAAUCAAGCAAUCCACACAGGAGACAGACCCCACAAGUGCUUGGACUGUGGGAAAAAUUUCAUACAGCGGUCAAACCUCGUUCAACAUCAGGCAAUCCACACAGGAGAGAGACCCCACAAGUGCUUGGAGUGUGGGAAAAGUUUCAUAUGGAGGUCUGACCUCAUUAAAUAUGGAAGAAUCCACACAGGAUCUAAACUUCUGUGACACAUGGCAAGAAAGGAUUAAGCAAGUUGCAUGUGAUUGACUUAGAAUCAACUUUUAGAGAGAGAUUUUA